AUGCCUCGACGAAACAUAGUGGUUCCGACGGUGUGCAUCGUCGUUCUCAUUGCCGUUUGGGGCUUUCGACUGCCGCAUUCUUCAUUCCAAUGGCUCGAUACCGGCGGCGGAUACGCCAGUCCACCGUCGAGUCUCGGCGCCCCUAUGACCGAAGACAACGUCGACCUUUCGGACCCUGAGGCCCCCUUCAUCGGCUGGCCGUUACAGCGCGUCUGCGAAGAGACGACAUACGUAGAUGGGCUUGUGUUCAUAUGCGACAACAACAGCGGCGGCUUGGGCAAUAUUCGCAAUUACAUUCAGACAUGUUUGCGCUACGCUCUCGAAGCCGGCGCAACCGGGCUGGUGGUGCCUAGGAUUCGCAGACGAUCGGACACGGACCUAGCCAACUUGUUUACCGACUACAAACCGUUCAGCUAUAUGUUUGACGAGCAACAUUUCAAGCAUGCCUUCAGGACCUACUGCCCGAAGAUCACCAUCUACGACCAACUUAGCCACAUUCCUCACGCCACCAGCGCGCCGGACGAGGAGCCCCGCAUCGACGAAAUCGUGCCCAAAGAAUUUGGCAACCGCGCAGGAUGUGAUUGGAAGGACCAGAACCGCCAUACCGACCGCUUCGGAGACCGGUUCCGCGCUUGGCUGAGCGAUCCAGCCCAUGGCCACCCCCCCGAGAAGCAGCAACCCAGACUGAUCAGAUUCAAAUGGGGUGUCCUUUGGGACUGGCAAAUAUACCGUGACGGGCCCGAGUUCGCGGCGACAUUCGGGAGCAUUCUCAAGUUCAACGAAGAACUAUUGCGCCUGGGGAAAACAGCACUCAAGAACAUGCGUAGUAUGGCGCAGAGCAAGAGCGCGGACAGAGGCGACUUCCUGGGCGUUCACUUGCGUACUGAGAAUGAUGCCAUGGGUUUCUGGCCUACGUAUGAUGUGCAAGCUGGUGGAUACCUGCAGAAGGCGCAAGAAAAGGCAUUCCCGGUAGCGUACUUGGCAACGGGCAACGCGACGGAAGCACAGAAGUUCGCCGGCCAGGCCCUCGAGAUCGCCAGGAUGCAGGUCGUCACCAAGGCGGAAUUGCUCACGGGUAGCGACCUCGAGGCAUUGAAUGCCCUCACGUGGGACCAGCAAGGUUUGGUCGACUUUGUGGUAUUGUUAGGGAGUACGUACUUCGUUGGCACGAUGCCCAGCAGUUUCUCCGUCUACACGGCUAUGAAGCGACAUCUAAAGACGGGAGGGCUGUACACGAGGCCAUACAAGACAGGGACAGUAGGCGAUGGCCUCAGUUACCUGGUCGGCAACUACAACCAGUACUGGGAGGACUGGCUGUUCAUGUGGGAUGGCAUGUGGCCUUGA